ACGCAACUCUCAAUACAGCCGUAAAUAAGUUGGAUGGAAAAGCARUAAGAGUUCAUUGAUUUCGCUGAAUUUUUUAGGCUUUUAGUGGAUAAGCUUUGCAUUGGGAAUAGCCGGACAACGUUGAAGAGCUGUGAAUGAUAAUAUCCGAGAUUUAUUUCUGCAGCCAUGACUGAAGUAGAACCACAGUAYCCCACCUUACCUGAACCAGACUGGGCAAAACCAAAACAACAAGAUUCUAGAACAGCUAAGGCAAAACCAUUGUUUGAGUCUAUCAAGAAAACAGCUUUUAUUCUUGGAACAGCACUUAUUGUGUUUGCUGCUGCAAGAAAUACCUUAACUUGGCAUGUUGAAAAGCUUUGGGGAGCCUCAGGGGAAUUCUGGCAAAGUUGUUGGAAAAAGAUACUGUUUAGUGUCGGUGAAGACCAAUAUACUCUAUUUACUCGUGGUACAUUUUUUGUAACGUUUGUCACAUUUUGGGCAAUAAACAGCAUUUUCUUGUACAUUGACCUCACUGGAAAACCAGCAUGGGCUUUGAAGUACAAGAUUCAAGAUGGCCAAAAUAUGCUUUUCCAUCAUCCCAAGAUUUACAAGUAUAUCCAUAAAAAACACCAUGAAUGGACUGCACCUGUUGGAAUCGUGUCCAUUUAUGCGCAUCCUUUGGAGCACGUCAUGUCUAACCUCACUCCUAUCAUGCUUGGACCAUUCAUCAUGGGAUCACACAUUGCUACAGCUUGGUUGUGGUUUGUUUUGGCCAUCACAUCCACCAAUAUCUCUCACAGUGGCUACCAUUUCCCCUAUCUACCAUCACCAGAAGCACAUGACUUUCACCACCUAAAGUUCAACCAGAACUAUGGUGUUCUUGGGGUGUUGGAUAGACUGCAUGGGACAGAUACUUUGUUCCGUAACUCUGUCUGCUAUGAUCGUCAUAUUCUUAUGAUCGGCCUGCAACCUGUGWCAGACGUUUUUCCAGAUCCAAAGAAAAAGAUAUGUAAAAAGUCAGAAUAGAGAAAUGACUGUCUUUAAUAUAAAUAAUUAAUAGAAAUAGAAUUAAUUGGUUCUGUUAUUUGCUACCAUGGGGUUUCCAUUCCAUUUGGAACCACUCAGAAAAGCUGUUUUUUAUAAUUGAUAUCCUUGUCAAAAUCUAAUGGACAAAAGAAUUACUGUACUUUCUUCUGCUGAGUGAUUUGAAAUUAGUGGAAAUGAGAUAUACUGGUAAUAGAUCUAAUCAACUGAUAGAUAUGAUAAAAAUAUGAGWAACAUAUUGUGAAUUCUUAGAAUAUUUGUUGGUAUUUAUUGGUUGUAUUCACUUUUUUAUGUUUUAAUGGAAAAUACUCUUAUGUUUAUUAAAACUAUUUAUAAUUUUUAAUAUUUCACAUAAUAGAAAUUUGUGUUGAUAUGAUCUUUCUGUUAAUAAAUAGCGUGUUUUUACUAKUAUUUUAWUUAUUUGUAAACACUUAUAUUAAUUGUGUUGUGGACAAUAUGAAUAAAGUACAAUUACUUGAAA